CAUGCUCCCCCAGUUUCCGGGAAUAUCCCUGAGAAAAUGGACUCCUGAGGCCGUACCCAAAUAGUUAAGCGAAUUUGUUAGAAUAAAACUACGAAAGUCCAAAAUAAGGAAUAACGACACAAAUACAAGACAGCAGCUGGAUCGUGGGGACUCAAAGACAGACAGCGUUUAUCUCCAGCUUCUCUCCCUUCGACACCUGAUGGAGGGCUCCGACAGUUCCGAGCCGGGCGCCAGUGACCAACCAGAGGCCCAGCGCAGGCGGCAACGGGACCGGCUAGACCGGGAGGAGGCCUUCUACCAGUUUGUCAACAACCUGAGUGAGGCAGACUACCGGCUGAUGAGAGACAACAACCUGCUGGGUACCCCAGGUGAGAUCACAGCAGAGGAGUUAUUGAGUCGGCUGCAGCAGAUUAAGGAUGGACCAGAGCAGCAGCAGCCUAGCAUCAACACCAGUGAGACUGGAGAAGCUACAGGAGAACCGACAGAACCGGUGGAAGGUCCAGAGGACCCGUCUAAUGGCGACACCCUCUUGGAUUGGCUGAACACCGUCAGGCGGACAGGCAACACCACCCGCAGUGGUCACCGAGGCAACCAGUCGUGGCGGGCGGUGAGCCGGACCAACCCAAACAGCGGAGACUUCCGGUUCAGUCUGGAGAUCAACGUUAACCGUAACCUGGCUGAGCAGCAGGCCCGCGCCGAUGUGGGGGAGGGGGGGGAAGCCCCAGCAGAAGCACCUGGCGAUGGGGUGGAGGCAGUGGUCGGAGUGGAGGUCCAGGCAGGGACUGAGGCAGGGACUGAGGCAGUGGUCGGAGUGGAGGUCCAGGCAGGGACUGAGGCAGUGGUCGGAGUGGAGGUCCAGGCAGGGACUGAGGCAGUGGUCGGAGUGGAGGUCCAGGCAGGGACUGAGGCAGUGGUCGGAGUGGAGGUCCAGGCAGGGACUGAGGCAGUGGUCGGAGUGGAGGUCCAGGCAGGGACUGAGGCAGUGGUCGGAGUGGAGGUCCAGGCAGGGACUGAGGCAGUGGUCGGAGUGGAGGUCCAGGCAGGGACUGAGGCAGUGGUCGGAGUGGAGGUCCAGGCAGGGACUGAGGCAGGGACUGAGGCAGGGACUGAGGCAGGGACUGAGGCAGGGACUGAGGCAGGGACUGAGGCAGGGACUGAGGCAGGGACUGAGGCAGGGACUGAGGCAGGGACUGAGGCAGGGACUGAGGCAGGGACUGAGGCAGGGACUGAGGCAGGGACUGAGGCAGGGACUGAGGCAGGGACUGAGGCAGGGACUGAGGCAGGGACUGAGGUGCCCAUGGAGACAGGAGAGGUGCUGGAGGAACCAGUUGUGGAGGAGCUGGCUGUCAUAGUGGAACCAGAAGUGGAGAUGGAGCCAGAGGCUGAAGUAGAAGCUGAGCCAGAACUAGAAGCAGAGAUGGUCCCAGAGUUAGUAGUAGAGGUAGUCCCACAGCCGCCCAGCCCUGUCACCACCACCCCUCCUGUCUCCAGACCAGCCAGUCCCCUGGUGCAGGCCCCUCCCAGCCCUCCCCCUGAGGAGCCUCCGCGACGUGGCCAGAGACGAGCCCGCAGCCGUAGCCCCGAGCAGCGCCGGACAAGGGCUCGCACCACACGGAGCCGUUCUCCCCUCACCCUGGACCGACUGGACGGCCUCCCCCGCCACGUGCCCAACGCCGCCCCUUCACACAGCCCCCCCACCCUGCCCCCCCAGGCCCCCGCAGAGGGAAGCUCACGGACUCGACAGCAUGUUCUGUCCCGGCAGAGCACUGCAGAGUACGAGGUCCAGUCAGCCGGAACAGGGUCUGAGACCGCCCCAGAGCCCGUUACCACCCCACCCCAGGAGGGAGAGGCCGCGGGCGGGGAGGGAGCAGCAGGACGACGUCCCCCCACCAUCAUGCUGGACCUGCAGGUGCGUCGUGUUCGUCCAGGUGAGUACCGCCAGAGGGACAGCAUUGCUAACAGAACCCGCUCACGCUCCCAGAACUCCAACAACACCUUCCUGUACGAGAGUGAGAGGGGGGGAUUCCGCAGGACCUUCUCCCGGUCCGAGCGUGCGGGUGUGAGGACGUACGUCAGCACCAUCAGGAUCCCCAUCAGGAGGAUCAGUGACGCAGGGUUGGGAGAGGCCACCUCCAUGGCUCUGCAGACCAUGAUACGACAGAUCAUGACCGGCUUCGGAGAGCUCAGCUACUUCAUGGACUCAGACUCUGACUCCUCGGACUCAAACCGUGGCGGUGGUAACCCCACUGGCGCUGCCGACCUGGCCGAGGCGCUCAACACUCCCGACGGGGGAGUAGCCGGUAUGGCGGAGGGGGCGGAGCCUCCUGUCUCAGUGGGUGGGCCUAGUGUGGGAGGAGCCGGGGAGGCAAGGACAGAGGAGGGGGAAGAAGGGGUUGGUGUAGGUCUGGCCCCAGGGAUAGGUUUAGGGGUGGGGGGCACCCCCAGGGAGGGGCGAGCUCGGCCCCGUGCCCCCAUCAGUUUGGAGGAACCAGGGUCACUACCCUUCCUCCGCCUUGCUCACUUCUUCCUCCUGAAUGAUGAGGAUGAGGAACAGCCCAGAGGACUCACCAAGGAGCAGAUCGACAACCUCUCCACCAGGAACUUUGGGGAGAGUGAUGCUCUGAAGACCUGCAGUGUGUGUAUCACAGAGUAUGCUGAGGGGAACAAGUUGAGGAAGUUGCCCUGUUCUCAUGAGUACCAUGUUCACUGUAUCGACCGCUGGCUGUCUGAGAACUCCACCUGUCCUAUCUGCCGCAGGGCCGUGCUGGUGUCUGCUAACCGGGAGAGUGUGGUCUAACCUGGAGAGCUGGAGGUCAGGGGUCAGCGGUGCUCCAGGCAGACAGCUCCUGUAUAUAACACCUUGUCAGUUCUGCAGGCCUUUCUCCUAGUCAGACCAUUUACAUUGUUCAUGUUUUCAUUCUUAAGCCAUUACUGACUUUUAUCCAACUGACAUGCCGGUGUUUGGAGAGACAGACGGAGACAGACGGACGAGACGGAGACGGACGGACCAGAGAGAGAGAGAGAGAGACAGACAGGAAGGUGGUGUCUUCAUAGUGUAGUAAGAGACAUGAGAGAUGCCACUGUCCCAUUGGCCAACAGACCCCACUCUCCCUUACUUACCCUAAGAGGACCAACAGACCCCACUCUCCCUUACUUACCCUGAGAGGACCAACAGACCCCACUCUCCCUUACCUACCCUGAGAGGACCAACAGACCCCACUCUCCCUUACUUACCCUGAGAGGACCAACAGACCCCACUCUCCCUUACCUACCCUGAGAGGACCAACAGACCCCACUCUCCCUUACUUACCCUGAGAGGACCAACAGACCCCACUCUCCCUUACCUACCCUGAGAGGACCAACAGACCCCACUCUCCCUUACCUACCCUGAGAGGACCAACAGACCCCACUCUCCCUUACCUACCCUGAGAGGACCAACAGACCCCACUCUCCCUUACUUACCCUGAGAGGACCAACAGACCCCACUCUCUCUUACUUACCCUGAGAGGACCAACAGACCCCACUCUCCCUUACCUACCCUGAGAGGACCAACAGACCCCACUCUCCCUUACUUACCCUAAGAGGACCAACAGACCCCACUCUCCCUUACUUACCCUGAGAGGACCAACAGACCCCACUCUCCCUUACCUACCCUGAGAGGACCAACAGACCCCACUCUCCCUUACUUACCCUGAGAGGACCAACAGACCCCACUCUCCCUUACUUACCCUGAGAGGACCAACAGACCCCACUCUCUCUUACUUACCCUGAGAGGACCAACAGACCCCACUCUCCCUUACUUACCCUGAGAGGACCAACAGACCCCACUCUCCCUUACUUACCCUGAGAGGACCAACCGACCCCACUCUCCCUUACCUACCCUGAGAGGACCAACCGACCCCACUCUCCCUUACCUACCCUGAGAGGACCAACCGACCCCACUCUCCCUUACCUACCCUGAGAGGACCAACAGACCCCACUCUCCCUUACCUACCCUGAGAGGACCAACAGACCCCACUCUCCCUUACCUACCCUGAGAGGACCAACAGACCCCACUCUCCCUUACCUACCCUGAGAGGACCAACAGACCCCACUCUCCCUUACCUACCCUGAGAGGACCAACAGACCCCACUCUCCCUUACUUACCCUGAGAGGACCAACAGACCCCACUCUCCCUUACUUACCCUGAGAGGACCAACAGACCCCACUCUCCCUUACUUACCCUGAGAGGACCAACAGACCCCACUCUCCCUUACUUACCCUGAGAGGACCAACAGACCCCACUCUCCCUUACCUACCCUGAGAGGACCAACAGACCCCACUCUCCCUUACUUACCCUGAGAGGACCAACAGACCCCACUCUCCCUUACCUACCCUGAGAGGACCAACAGACCCCACUCUCCCUUACCUACCCUGAGAGGACCAACAGACCCCACUCUCCCUUACUUACCCUGAGAGGACCAACAGACCCCACUCUCCCUUACUUACCCUGAGAGGACCAACAGACCCCACUCUCCCUUACUUACCCUGAGAGGACCAACAGACCCCACUCUCCCUUACUUACCCUGAGAGGACCAACAGACCCCACUCUCCCUUACCUACCCUGAGAGGACCAACAGACCCCACUCUCCCUUACUUACCCUGAGAGGACCAACAGACCCCACUCUCCCUUACUUACCCUGAGAGGACCAACAGACCCCACUCUCCCUUACUUACCCUGAGAGGACCAACAGACCCCACUCUCCCUUACUUACCCUGAGAGUACCAACAGACCCCACUCUCCCUUACCUACCCUGAGAGUACCAACAGACCCCACUCUCCCUUACCUGUCUUACCCCAAAAGGGACUCCACUGUCCCCACCUCACCCUGCUCUCCACCUGAAAGAUGAACUGCAUUUAUCAAUACUCUGGAACGGCUCACAGACUGUCAGUGUGUCAAAGCUUGCUGAUUUAGUUUUUAAGUUAAAACUGUAGAAUGUUGUACAGGCUUUAAUGGGGAGAACAAGAUGUGACGGACUUGGAUUCCGUUUGGAAUUCUUAGCUAUCAGUUUAUUUGGAAUCGUAUUGCAUCAUAUUCAUGACAUCGGAAUCAAUGAUGAUGAAUUGUGUUGAGAUGGGAUGUAGGUAUCUGUUAACUGAUGCUAGUAUGUAGUCUAACUCUAGCCCAUCACCAUGAAGCAUUUUCUAUUUCUGCCCUCUGACAGUGUUUCAUCAUGACAUCUCAGAGUAGGAGUAGUGAUCUAGGAUCAGUGGUGAUCUAGGAUCAGUCCUUAUCUUAUUCAUUAAACCUAAGAAGCCCAACUGAUCCUAGAUCACCACUCCUACCCUGGGACACUUUGUGGAUACGGGCCCUGAAUGAUAACGACGACCUCCUCGUGUUCCUAACCUUGUGAUGUCACCAUGACAACCUGUUGGUUCUGCUACCAUAUGACCAGGAAGUGAACAGAGGGCUGCAUUAUGGCUCCGUCUCCACCACCCUAUCUCUAUAUAGUGCACUACCCAUAGGACUCUGGUCAGAAGUACUGCUCUAUAUAGGGAAUAGUGACAUUUGGGAAUCACGUUUAUUAUGAGUUCCAUGUGUUGGUUAGAGCCAGGCCAGGGCCAGGUUAGAGCCAGGCCAGGGCCAGGUUAGAGCCAGGCCAGGGCCAGGUUAGAGCCAGGCCAGGGCCAGGUUAGAGCCAGGCCAGGGCCAGGUUAGAGCCAGGCCAGGGCCAGGUUAGAGCCAGGCCAGGGCCAGGUUAGAGCCAGGCCAGGGCCAGGUUAGAGCCAGGCCAGGGCCAGGUUAGAGCCAGGCCAGGGCCAGGUUAGAGCCAGGCCAGGGCCAGGUUAGAGCCAGGCCAGGGCCAGGUUAGAGCCAGGCCAGGGCCAGGUUAGAGCCAGGCCAGGGCCAGGUUAGAGCCAGGCCAGGGCCAGGUUAGAGCCAGGCCAGGGCCAGGUUAGAGCCAGGCCAGGGCCAGGUUAGAGCCAGGCCAGGGCCAGGUUAGAGCCAGGCCAGGGCCAGGUUAGAGCCAGGCCAGGCUGCUGUCUCUGUCCUGUGUUUUGGCCUAGAACUUCUACCACCAAGAGAUGUCUUCAUAUCUGGAACACCAGUGCAAUAACUACAAAGUGGGAAAACUGAGAAAAAAUAGGAAAAACAAAGCGUAAUAUUCUAACUUGUAUAUUAUUUCUAAAAUAUUGUAGACUGAAUAUUCACAGUUAAAAUGAAGACUUGUUCCCUUUUAAAAAUGUGUUAAGCUUUUUAUUUUCUAGAGCUGGGUUCUUUCUGUACAAUCUGAUAGCACUAUUCCUUGGCGAGCGGUGGGCGUGUAGGAUGAUGUACGUUGGCUGUACACACAGACGGAGGGUUUCAUGCCAUGAUGACAUCACAUUAUUCUAUAGGUUCCAUGUGUUCUCACGGUUGCCGUCGUUACCUCCUCCCUGUAUAAAUAAAGUUUUGGGUGGUUGAAGCUCUG